AUGGCGGACAAUACCCAAACACAACCUAAGCGCCAACGAGGGGAAGCCAUUGAAGAAGAAGAGGAAGCUUCUAAGCGCCAUAAAUACUCGUAUAAUCAUCUCAUGUCCAUUCUCGAGGAGGAGGAAGAAGAAGAUGACGACAAUAAGCCAGUUCAAGAUUUGUCCGCCAUUCUCACCGCCCUCCAGCAGGAACUCUGCUCUCCGGCGACGGCCGGAGAAGCUGAGCCGCCGCCUGCUGGCCUGACUACUGCGAGCUCCAAGGAGGAUGAAAAUGGCGACAGAUUUAGCGUCAUAAGACACCUUCUUGAGGCGUCUGAUGACGAGCUUGGCAUUCCCGCCGGCAGUGGGAUGGACGGCGGCGGGGGGAAUGGAACGACCGACGGCGGCGGCGGCGCGGAUUUGCCGGCGUUCUCUUUGAGUGAUGGGUUGUGGGAGCUUGAAGAUGAAUCCGCUAACUACUAUUCUUUGCUACACUCUCAACUUUUCAUGUAG